AAAUAACUGCAUUUCAUUUGGCUGAGCCUGAGGACUUUUUAAAAUUACUAUUAUUAGAAUAAACUUGUAUUUUUAUGUCAAUUUAUUUAUUCAUUUUGGCAAAAUAGAAUGUUGAACACCAACUUACUUUACUUAAGUAUUCUUUCGUUUUUGACAAUUUGAAUGUUAGCUAACCCGAUUGGACGUUUUCUGUAAGCUAGUAGUAGUUUUGAUCUAAAUGAAAGUAUAAACGUAGCGACUCCUUGAAUUAAAAAAAAAAAAAAAGCAUUGUACGCAUUACACCAGACUAUUGAUUACAUGCUGUCUGUAUUGCGGCCUAAAGGACUGGUCUAAACGGAUUUAUAGACUCAACAUGUCCAAAGUGGAAAAGGAGCGCUUUAUUGUGAAGUUUGUGGAGAGUAAAGGAUCUAAUGCUGAAUAUGCUGUUAAAGCGUAUGAGGCCAUUUUGGAGCUGCAGUCUGAAAAAUAUUUAAAGAAGGUUAAAGAGGAAGAGGUUUUACAGAUGGAAGAGAAGGACAAGUCUCUGUUUGUGUUCAGCAGUUUUACCUCUCCUGCCUUUCUGCACUGCAAGAAGCAUGGCUGUAGAAUCGUGAGCCCCUUGGUGGUUUUGUACUGCCUGCAGCAGCAACGCUGCGUCCCAAAAGCAGAGAAGCCGGUCUACAACAUGGCCAUGGCUGAUGUCACUAUUUCCUGCACCAGCCUGGAAAAAGCCGCACGGGUGGAUGUGAUGGAUCUGGUGCAGCUCAUGGGUGGACGUGCCUGCCUUGAUCUUAAUGUGUCCGUCACACAUUUAAUUGCUGGGGAGGUUGGAAGCAAAAAGUAUCUGGUGGCUGCCAACUUGGGUAAACCCAUCCUUCUACCCUCAUGGGUCAAAGCCUGCUGGGAAAAAUCUCAGAAUAGCCUUUUUAGAUACACAGACUUGCCUAUGGAUGAAUAUCUGUGCCCCGUGCUGCUCGGAUGCACCGUUUGUGUGACAGGCCUGUCCAGCACAGAACGCAAAGAGGUGCAGCGCCUCUGUGAACAGCACGGCGCCAAGUACAGCGGCCAGCUUAAAAUGAACGAGUGCACGCACCUCAUUGUCAGUGAACCAGCAGGUCAGAAGUACGAGUGUGCUCGCAAAUGGAAUGUGUAUUGCGUAUCUCUGCAUUGGCUAUUUGACAGCAUAGAGAAAGGUUUCUGUCAGGAUGAGAGCAGGUACGCCGUGGAGCGCCGCGCGUCAAAUACCAGCCGACCUCACACCUCAACCCCCACAGGCAACGGCAGGAAGGAAGAUGGUCCUUCGCUUUUGGGCUUGAGCAACAUUUCUGUGAGUGGCAGUAUGGCGAUCAACGACACGGCCCUCACCAUCAGCCGCCUGGAAACGGCCGAUCCCAUAGAUGGUUUGGAUCUCACCGUUUGUCCUGCUGAUGACUUACUGGAUGGCUGUAAGCUGUAUUUGUGCGGCCUUCCACUGAAGAAGCUGGAGAAGCUGCGGCGUCUUGUCAACAAUGCAGGAGGUCUACGUUUCAACCAACCAAGCGAGGAACUCACACAUGUGGUGAUGGGAGAGCCGGACCAGGAACUCACAAAGUUUCUUUCCAAAGCAGCUUACAGGCCUCAUGUAGUCACGGUGCAGUGGCUGCUGGACAGUUACUCCAGAGGCAGGCUCCUUCCAGAAGCUGAGUAUUUGCACCCCGACUGCCUGCCUCCCGAUUCUGCAUCCGUGCCCGCCGGUCACGUGGUGAAGCCCCGCCUUUCGGCCGGUCCACCUGUUGCCAGCCCCAGCACCCCCAGACAAAACAGACUGGAGGAGGAUCUGCUCUCUCAGUAUAUGGACGAUGAUCCCACAGUGGUUGAUAUGCCACCACCAGCUGCAGAGAACAGCGGCAGAAGGUCGAUCAGUGCGGCUGCAGAGCCUCAGUCGAAGCCCCAGGCUCCCAGCCUCACCAGGGGACCAGAGCAGGACUCCGCUUUGCAGGAAUUCAGCGAGACGGGCCUGUUUUCUGGGAAGUCUUUUCUUUUCGUGGGCUUUGGUGUUGAGGCGGAGGCACAGCUCUCCACGCUGGUGAUUGAACAUGGAGGAAAGGUGCUGGCUGGCCGCUGUCGCGCGGUGGCAGACUAUGCCGUGGUUCCUCUGCUGGGAUGCUCGGUCGAGGCCACAGUUGACGAGGUGGUCACGGAUACGUGGCUGGCCAUGUGUGUGGAGAAGGAGUGUGUUCUCCUGCUGUCGUCCAACCCGCUGUUCACUCCUGUGGCUGUGAGGGAGGGCUGCUUCCCUCUGGAGGGCUGCGUUCUCUCAGUCAGCCAGUUCAUCGGAGCAGAGAGGGAGUCUUUGAUCCAGCUGGCCAAGCAUGUCGGAGCCGAUGUCCAGGAUUACUUUGUGCGCUUUGCUAUUAAGAAGAAGGGCAUGGUGGCCAGCACUCAUCUGGUUUUGCAGAGUCCAGACGGCACAAAGUUCCAGGCAGCAAAGAAGUGGGGCCUCCCUGCUGUGAGCAUGCACUGGAUUCUGGAGUCGGCUCGAACAGGACAGAAAGCAGCAGAGGAGAUGUUCCUGGUUGAUCUACCUCCUUCACCAGAGAGGGACGAUGAGAGCUUCGUCGGCGGCUCCCAGAAACCGGCUCAAGCUCGUAACUCUCCAGAAAUCCCCCUGCUGGGCCCGCAGAGCGGUAAAGCUGUCACCCCUCUGGAUUUAGGUCGCUUUCAAAGCAAAGUGUUUCACUCUGUUCUGGAUGAGAUGAAGCCCAAAGACGGCCUCAGCACUCCCAAACAAAACCCGGAUGGCAGCAGAAGACACGCCCACAGGGAGGCGUCGCUGCAGCUGGACACUCCCUCCCGUUUCCUCAGCAGAGAUCAGCUCUUCCGUCCGUCCUUCAACGUCAAGGAUGCUCUUGGAGCUUUGGAGACUCCAGGGGGAAGGUUGAAGCCAGGCGAGAAGGUGGAGACUCCACUUACUGAUGUCAUCAACAGGAAUCUGAAAGUAGCUUUAGCCAAUAGCUCGCGGAAUAAUGUCUCAGAAAUGCAGGCGGCUUCUGGAAGCCCUGAACUGGGAAAAUCCACUGAGAAGGAGAAGGACCCGCAGAAAGAAGCCGGACCGCUGGCUGGAGUUGUGGUCUGUGUGGGAAAGAAGUUGAGCAAAAUGCAGACUGAACUAAACGCCGUCGCUGCCUCACUGGGAGCAGACUUCAGGUGGGCUUAUGACGACACGGUGACACACUACAUCUACCAGGGCCGGGUUGGGGACAACAGCCGUGAAUACAAAGGAGUGAAGGAGAGGGGGGUGCAUGUGGUCUCCCAGUACUGGCUGCAGGCCUGCGCUGAUGAGCAGAAACGGGUUCCAGAGUCCCUGUUUCCUUUCACCUACAACCCUAAGAUGAGCCUCAACCUGAGCCAGGUGCCCAGCAGCUCCCAGAGAUCUCCACCUUUGACACGGACACAGCGGAGAGACGCCGCUGCAGCCAAGCUCAGUUUUUCCGAAGAAGAAGCUCCAGCUCUGCGCCGUGCGAGUGAUGGAAGCGCGGACCAGGAAGAUCUUGAUCACACAGAGAGAACAGAUACUCUGGAAAUGAGGGAGAACCUGCAGAAACAGCUGCAGGAGAUCAUGUCAGCCACCAAACUGACGACCGGCAGACGCACUUCAGUCAGGCUGGCAAAGAUGGGGUCCGGUGGGGCCGACUCAGGCCCUCAUACACCUGAAGGGAGCCGAAUGGGACGGAGUGGAAGCAGAAGAACCCUGGAAGCUUUGAGAGUUUCCAGAGAAGCAGCGCUGGAUGUGAACACGGAGCCCUCGCAGAGCGAACAGAUCGUCUGGGACGACCCGACGGCAAGAGAGGAGAGGGCCAAGCUGGCCGAUAACCUGCAGUGGCCCGGCAGCCCCUCGCAGCACUCAGACCCCAUCGUGGCCGCUCCACCCCCCACAGCAGAACCAGCACCACAGAUGAAGGACUCCAUGACCGACUCCGAGCUGGUGGAGAUGGCUGCCUGUGACGUUAUUGACCAGCACCUGGGGCAGAAGCUGAUAACUCCCCCAUCAGAGGAGGCAGAAGAUGAUAUUCUCACGCCCAAAGCCCCCUGCAUCGCUUUUCCUCUCACCAAACCCACAGCAGCCCCCGAGCCUCUGAGAGAGGAGGAGAAAAAAGAAAAACAGCCCCCCAGGUUUCAGAUGUCCUCCCUCAGCCCUCAGGAGCGCAUCGAUUACAGCCACGUCAUCGAGGAUCUGGGGGGUGUCGUUUUGGAAAAGCAGUCGUUUGACCCGAGCUGCUCCCACAUCAUCGUUGGGAGUCCUCUGCGUAACGAGAAGUAUCUGGCAGCGAUGGCGGCCGGGAAGUGGAUCUUGCACCGCUCCUACCUGGAGGUCUGUCGCGGCGUGGGCAGGUUCAUUCAGGAGGAUGACUUUGAAUGGGGCAGCAGCUGCAUCCUGGACGCGCUGCCCUCCAUCACUUUGCAGCAACGCAGGCUGGCAACCGCCGCUAUGCGCUGGAGAAAAGCCCUGCAGGGAAGUAGAGAACGUGAGGGAGCCUUCAGCGGAUGGACGGUCAUGCUAAACAUCGAUCAGAGCAGAGAAUCGGGCUUCAGACGGUUACUGCAGUCAGGCGGAGCGAAGGUCCUUCCCGGUCCGUCACCUUCCUUGUACCGAGAGGCGACUCACCUGUUUGCAGAUUUCAGUCGGCUAAAACCCGACGAUUUCAAAGUGGACGUAUCGCAGGCCAGGUCGCUCGGGGUGAAGUGUCUGAAGCCAGAGUACAUCGCAGAUUAUCUCAUGCAGGUGCCAACCCCUCCUGUGGAGCUGUACUUCCUGCCUGCAGCUGAGGACGCUCCUGACACGCCGUCACGUAAACGUAAAGCAGAAGCGGACGUUUCCCGGCUGAAAAAGAGCCGCCUGACCUGAAAAUAUCCCGUCCUAAUCCCCACAUCAAUAUCAUUUCAACUGCAUAAAAUUUAAUGUAAAUAAACGUUUUUUUAAAAUGAACUAAAAGACAAUAAAGUAAAUGUAGCAGA